AUGAGCUACCGAGGCCUCACUGACAGCCCCAUCCUGCCAGCGCCGCCGUCUCAUACCAGAGGAACCAGAGCCGACCAAUGGAAGCAGGGCGAGGCCCGCGCCGCGUCCAAGCAGAAGCCGCAGAAGAGAAAGCAGAUCACCGCCGUCGCCUGCCAGCCUUGCAAACAGCGGAAAAGCAAGUGUGAUGGCCUCAGACCAGCGUGCUCGGCGUGCCAGCAGAAAAACACCUCCGACUGCUUGUACGAUAUGAGCGCGGACCAGCGGAGGACGGCCGCAUUGAAAGAGAAGAUCAUGCAGUUUCAGGACCAUGGCGAAGAGUUGAAAGAAAUUAUCCAGAUCGUCUGCGAGACGAGUGAUAGAGAAGAAGCCAUAACCAUCGUCAAACAACUCCAGCAAGGAAACUACCAUAAUUCCACAGAGAUUUUGACUCUCUUGAAGACGAAAGUCUCCGGUUUCACCCUGAGCGCUUCUUAUCGACGGGACCAGACCAUCGACAUUGAAUACAAGGAUAAAGGUUCACUGUCCUCGCCGGACUCUGUGCUAUGGGCGCUAUCCCCACAGUCGCCUGUGUUUCAAACUGCAGACGCGUCUUGGAUAUUAGAGACUGUCGAGCAGAAACGGAACCCAUUUAGCCCGAAUAUACCAAGUCCAUCGGAAGCUUCGAUUCCCACAUACGCGACGUCCUCCCAAUUAUCCCAGGCGCCGUCUACGCUUCUAAGUGGACAACAAGCAUCGAGUGAGCAAACGCAAUCGCACCCUUAUCCUGAGCGAAAGCUGAAAAGAGCAAGGAACUUCGGCAAACCACUAAGGGAAACAAUCUGCAACCAAGCAACCAGAAUUAGAACCAGCGAUUCACGUAGCACACCUGUAACUCCACCGGGAACGCUUAGUACAGAUAGCACGCUUGUUCCUAUUUGCCUGGUACGGCCUGCGUCCGGCGAAUACAACGAUCUAUUGAGCGAGUGCCUCCAGUCAUUCAUAAUGCAAAAGCGUCAAAUGAUCCAAGAAGGAUGUUCAGCUGGGCAGGUAUUAGGACCCCUGAAACUGUAUCCUACCGUGAACAACUAUAACACUAUGAUGUAUUCGCAGAGCAGUGCCCCGAAUGUAUGUGAGUGGGUCGUCUCAAUGAUGAGUUGGAUGAACAUCGACCGGCAUCCUGAGAAGAUGGCUAUGACGCUUCUGGGUGUUUUGUUCCUGACCUGGGCCAUCGUUCCGUCUGAGGAGAACUACCAGGCCAUGCCCAUCUGGAUGCGCCCAACACCUACCCAGAUCAUCAUGCCUCAUCUCGCGUGGAUCGACAUGAUUCCUUGGCCUGAAAUCCGCGACUCCUUCAUCCGCUACGCUGACCAAUUGCAUGGUAUGGAAGGCUUGCAGACCUUCGUCUCCAACCUCUCGGUCAACUGGACCAUGCAGGGCCUCGACGUCAUGGUUGCGAUCCCAAAUACGAAUGUGCUCGCGCUUAGCCAGGUUUUCGAGGCCUACAUCCGCAACCUCGACAAUUGGUCCCUCGACCCGGCUGUCUUGCUCGUGUACCCGGACCUGGCGGGCAUGGCGUGGUUCACCCCGACCGUCAACAAUUCGUUGGGGCUGAACAAGAUGGAUGGGCAGUAUAUGUUUCCAUGA